UGACACAUAAUCAUUGGCAGUAUUAGAUCAGGUCGAUUUUUAGGUGAGGCUUCUCCAUCAAAAAGUACUUGCCAAGACAACAGUUGUUGUGAGCCUAUCGAUCAACGGACGUCCGAGUAAAGUACUUUGGUGUUGGAAAGAAAAUGCUGUCAGGAAAGCGCAUUCUGGUCACGGGAGCCAGUGGUAUUGGCGGUGCUGUGUGUCUGGCAGCUGCCAAGGAAGGCGCACAUGUAGCCGUUAUUAGCAAGUCCUCCGGGUCACUGGAGGCACUUGGAAAACAAAACUCCAACAUUCAGCUGAUCCAAGCCGAUCUUGGAGAAGGAUUGGACGCAAUCCGCAAGGCCGUCUCACAAGUUGGUCAUGUUGAUGGGCUAGUCAACAACGCAGCAGUUGCUGACAUUCUCCCGUUUGUCGAAGUCACCGAGGAGUCCUAUGACAAGCAAAUGGAUGUGAAUGUGAAGGCAGUGUUCUUUGUUGGGCAGUGUGUGGCCAAGGCUAUGGUGGAGCAGAAAGGUGGCGGUGCCAUUGUCAAUGUCUCAAGCCAAGCGUCAAUGCGCGCCAUUAGCGGUCACUCAGUGUAUGGUACUUCCAAGGGUGCUGUGGACAACCUUACUCGUGUCAUGGCAUUGGAGCUGGGACCACACAAGAUCCGAGUGAAUAGUGUCAAUCCUACAGUAGUCCUUACUGCUAUGGGACGUGAGAACUGGUCCGACCCUGCCGUUGCCAAACCAAUGCUAGAUCACAUCCCGCUGGGACGCUUUGCAGAGGUAUCCGAGGUGGUUGACCCCAUCCUCUAUCUGCUGAGUGAUCGCAGUACCAUGAUUACCGGCACCAUGUUGCCUGUUGAUGGUGGUUUUACCGCCUGUUGAUGUCAUCACAUUCACCGCUCUGGCUUCACUGCCUUGUGACUAGAUGCUGGGAUUACCAACUACUUGUACUUCUAGCAGCCUACAUAUGCGCUGCGCACGCAUGGGAUGCGCGUUCAAGAAGAGUACCUGGGAGUCGACCAGACGACGCUGCCCUGAAUCUUCACAAGGCAAGCUUCAGCACCACCAACCAGAGAGAUGGAAAGUCUAUGUGGGGAUUUGAAUUUCAGAACUGUCAUCACCUUGAUAGUGUAGUGGCCGGUCUCUGAUAUGUGAAGUACUGCGUACGAGUAUUACCAGAAUGCACUCUUACUGGUAUUCUUUAUCAACCUUCUUUCAAUGACCUUGUCAGUCCAGGGCUGAGUGGCAAGUUAGAGAUGAUAAUUAUUAUUUUGGCUGUAGGAUAUAUCUUCAACUUAUUGUAACUGAUAUUUUAACUGAUAUUUUUUUACUACAGUCCAUUCAUCGGAAACUGGCCCGCUGGCUUUUGAAAGUCGGAUUUGGGCCGAAUUGAGGAUCAAAAACCCACUUUAAAUCUCAAAAAUCUGGGUUUUGGAUCUGCUUCUCCAUACAUUUUGUCAUGGCAUACCUGUCCUAAUUUUGUAAAACCUGGCUGAAUUUCUAUUUCCCUGUUCUUGGAA